GCUCCGUCCGGUCCCCCAACGCAAGAGCUAGCGAACUCCACCAUAAUAUAUUGCAGAGCACCGAGCAAAAGGGGAGCCUGGAUGAUCAUCAUACCAAAAGCUCCCACAGGCCACAGGGCAACUCGCUGGAAGCGUGUGUUCCGGAUUGCAUUUCCUAUUGGUUCCCUGUUCUUGGGAUUCUAGUGUGUUUGCAAGGCGAAGGAGCAUUUCAGAAGUAGGGAUAGGGAAGAAAGGAUGGCAGCAUGAGCGAGUGUGAGAGGGAGAGAUACAGGUUGAGUUUUGCUGCUCCUCUUCUUCUUCUUCCAUUGUUCAGCGCAGGCAAAGGGAACUGCGUUUGUUGAUCCUUCUCAGUUCUCAAGUUUAGGAACCCCUUUGGAGGUUCGUUGUGUGGGCUUGUUGUUGUCUUGUUGAGCUGUUCCUUCUGAGGGGUGGUCAAAUUGGUUAGCACAAAUGGUAGUGUCUGAGAGAAAAAGACUGCUCCUUCUGUACAUAACUUUUGUGAUUCUUUCGCUUCUUGCGCCAUCGAAUGGCGCAUCGAAUUCCACGGAGAACAUCAAUCGAAGCCACAACAAAACUGGCCAUCCUUUGGAGAUGACACCCAAAGUAUCAUUUCAGCUCAAGCUACAUGCAUUGUUCCACUGGUUUUCGUUUGGUUUCUUGAUGCCGGUAGGGAUAAUACUAGUCAGAAUGUCAAGCAAAUCUCAAAACGGCAGAUGCGUCCGAGUCCUCUUCUAUUGCCAUAUCAUUUCGCAGAUUGCGGCUGUCCUUCUUGCUACAGGCGGCGCAGUGCUGUCGUUAAUGAACUUCGAAAACUCCUUCAGUAACAGCCACCAAAGAGUAGGAUUGGCACUAUAUGGAUUCAUGUGGCUUCAGCCAAUUAUCGGUUUCUUCAGGCCAGAAAGAGGUGUCAAGGUAAGGAGUCUGUGGUACUUCUUCCAUUGGCUUGUGGGAAUCGCAGUCUGCGCCACUGGCAUCGCAAACGUCUACAUUGGUCUUCGCACCUACCACGAGAGAGCCACCAAGAGCGUGAGGCUUUGGACAAGCCUCCUCACCGUUGAGGUUUCCUUCCUGGCUUUCUUCUACCUCAUGAUAGACAGAUGGAGCUACGUGAUGAAGCAAGGGCAUCUCCCUGCUGAGCAGCUAAGGCCUACCGAUAAUCGCAUGUUGAGAAUUAUUAAUAGAUUAUUUAUAUAG